AUGUCAACAACGCAAGGCGAGGACGAAACUCCUACCGAGCGAAGUCCUCUCCUCGAUCAACAACAAAGUACCACCCACAACAGCGCUGGCAAUGGUGCUAUUGUCGAACCUCAGAACGUACAACCCGUGGCGAAUGAAAAUGGGCAGGAUCCAGAAUUGGCCGACGAGCCGUCCACUAAGAAGCUCAUCGCCAUCAUGGGCUCUCUCUGGGUCGGUGUCUUUUUCGCAGCUUUAGACACAACAAUAGUGGCAACGCUCUCCGCGCCCAUAUCUUCAUCAUUCAACUCCCUGACUCUCCUCUCGUGGCUCGCGUCAGGCUACCUGAUCGCCAACGCUGCAUGCCAGCCGCUAUCCGGAAAACUGACCGACAUAUUCUCUCGCCGCACAGGUCUGAUCUUUAGCAACGUCUUCUUCGCGCUAGGCACGUUGAUCUGCGGGCUCGCGCCGAACGCGCAAACCAUCAUCGCGGGGCGCGUCGUCGCAGGCAUCGGCGGUGGCGGGCUCACGUGCAUCGCGACGUUCGUGACGUCGGAUCUCGUCCCGCUGCGGAAGCGCGGUGUCUGGCAAGGCUACGGCAACCUCGUUUACGGGCUGGGGAUGGGGUCGGGCGGCGUGGUCGGGGGCGCGCUGGAGAACUGGCUGUCGUGGCGCUGGGCAUUUCUGCUGCAGGUGCCGUUCGUCAUCGUGUCGACGGUCCUGGUCGUGUUCCUGCUCGAUCACCAAGUCCUGUCAACGGCACCUACAUCAGCCACAACCACUCGUUCCGCGCUCCGCCGCAUCGACUUCCUCGGCGCGACCCUGCUCGUCACCAGUCUGGUCCUCCUGCUCCUCGGCCUCAACACGGGCGGCAACCAGCUCCCGUGGUUCCACCCGCUGAUCAUAACCUCGCUCGUCCUCUCCAUCACCACACUGGCCCUAUUCCUCUACCUCGAAGCAUCACCGCAGUGGAUUCCCGAACCGAUGAUCCCGGUCCUCGUGAUCGCGCGCUCCCGCACCGUCCUGGCCGCGUACCUGACCAACUGGUUCAGCACCAUGUCCUCGUUCCUCGCCCUGUACUACAUCCCACUAUACCUCGAGAUCCGCGGCGAGAGCAGCACGGCCGCGGGGCUGCGACUGGUCCCAUUCGCAAUCGCCAUGUCGGUCGGAUCUCUCGGCUCCGGCAUCCUCAUGCGCGCGACGGGCGUGUACUACUGGCAGAGCGCGGCGUCGAUGGCACUGUUCGUGGUGGGCGCGGCGCUGAUCGCGAGCUUCACGCUGACCUCGCCGGCCUGGACGACAUACGUGUUCCCCGCGCCGCUGGGCAUCGCCUACGGCUCCAUGCUGACCGUCACGCUCGUCGCCAUGAUCAGCGCCGUCGACCACGAGCACCAGGCCGUCGUCACCGCCGCCAGCUACGCCUUCCGCUCCACCGGCUCAACCAUCGGCAUCACCGUCGCGGGCGCUGUGUUCCAGAAUAUCCUGACCGCCGAGUUGCGCGACGCGUAUGGUGCGUUGCCUGGCAGUGAGGGCGUCAUCAAGCGCAUCAGGGAUAGUCUGGACAGUGUCAAGCAUUUGCCCAAGGGCUGGGAUCGAGCCGUCGUCAUGCAGAUCUAUAUGGAUGCGCUGAGGGGCGCGUUCCUGGCUGGGCUGGGCCUGGCGGUUCUGGCUCUGUUCGUCGCGUUGGCGAUGCGGGAGCAUCAUCUGCAUAGAAACCUGGCGAGGAAAUGA